UAUAUCACCGCAAUAGACCAUGACAGUGAAGGCAAUCAUCCCAAUAGGCUAAACAGUGAAAAUAUCACCGUUUUCGUCUAAAACGGUGAAGCUAUCACCGGAGUGGGCUAAAACAGUGAACAUAUCACUGCGGGAGAUGAAGACAGUGAACAUAUUCACCGCGACGGCCUAUUACGGUGAACACAUCACCGCUUUAGUUAAGAACGGUGAAUUUUUACCACGUUUUCCAACCCGGUAGGUGGAAAAGUAGGACACAACGACCUAGCAUUCACCGCAAUAGAUGCUUCACUGCAGUGAACUCUUGCGGUGAUAGUUCGCUUAUAAAUUACUGCCCCCCACGUAGCUGCCUCUAAAAACUGCCCCAUUCCACUCAAAUUUUCACAGAAUCUCCUCCUUCUCUGCCAGCUUCCAGCAGUCUGCGGAUAUAGAAACUCAAAAUUUUGAGGUAUGAUAUAAUUUUGUACUGUUUAUAUAAUGAUGUUUUAAUAAUUAUAUGUUUAUAUUUAAUGAUUGCGGUUAGUGACAAAUAUGUUAUGUUAGAAAUAUUUUGAUUAAUUAUGGUAUGAUUGAUGUUAGUUAGAUUAAUUUAGAUGAAUUUGUUUAGUCUACUCAUGUUAUUCUAAUGCUAAUUAUGGUCCAUGGUUCGAUUAGUUAGUUGCGGUUGUUUAUUGUUUUGGAUGAUAUUAUUUUCGUAGCCCUAAAAAUAUGUUGUUGGAUAUUGUUUGUGUAGACCCAAAUACUAAUUAUAUUAUACUAAUCUUAUUCGAGUUAAGCUAAUAGUUACUUAUUAUAAAUUGCAGACAUGAGUUAAUUUAAGAAGUUUCGGCUUAUUAUUCCGUGGAAUGGUCGAGUGACAAACUCUGACAUUGGGAUCGAUUAUGAAGAUGGUGAAUCCACUAUGCUGAAAAUUGAGUCGAGAUUUACGUGACAAGAACUCCGUGACAUUUGUGCAUACAAGAUUUGUUUGGGCUGACAGACGAGAGUUGGUAAAAUUACUUACCGGUAUCCAAACAUGAGUGCUGGUGGAGUUAUUUACGAAGAAGUUGUCAUAAAUGAUGAUGAUGUGGUUACCAUGAUGAUACAGUUCCUAUCUGACAAUGGAUGCUGCUUGUAGAGGUGUAUGUCAAGACCGAGGCGGUCGGUGAAACUCAUUCUCACCAGUAUUCUUAUGAUGAUGGUUUUGCAGGAGGGUAUGAUUGGUGUGGUAGUUCAAGCAACUACGGAGGUGGAGGUAGUUCUGCAGGAGGUGUGGCAUGGGAAGAAUACCCGCAACAUGCUGACCUUGACCCAUCGGUACAGCCUGACGACGUUCGAUGGCCUGCUUGGGGGCCAGAGUGAGCAGACAUUGAGAACACCCUUCGAUCUGGGCGUACUUCGCAUGAGCGAGAAGAGGAUGUUGGUGAUGCAGGUCACGAUGAUCCUCCUGGGCCGAUCUAUCCAUUCGCCUCAAGCGACGAGGAAAGUGAGGAAGAUUUGAGAUCAUUCAGCGAGUAGUAAGAUACGGACUAUACGGAGGACGACGAGGUGGAGUUCCGUGAGCCACCAACACCAUACUACAUAGAGGUUCCACCUCAAUUUUCAUAUAGUCAGAACGUUGCCCCUGACUUUCUCCCUAUGCCAGUGUAUAAUCUGUUAUAAACGCGCUGCUACGGAUCGAGAAAUCAAGAAUACGAAAGCGAGAAUAAAAAAAUACAGACACU